GUUUUGUCUCAUUCGAUUCAUGAAUCUCCGCAUUGCUUGCUACCUCUCAAAUGCGGUUCCGACCGUCUAGAUUCGGAUGCGCUGCUUCUGAAACGGCACGACCCACAGGCCAUCGGUCCCGACUCGCAACUCAAGCGCGCUGAAUAUCGUCCAGCGUAAGAAGGAUCCUCUAGGAUAUCCCUUUCUUCGCCUUCGCAAGCUGAGCAUUCGAAAGGACUACCCCUGAGAUCGGACCUCGCUGAUAUGAAUGUUGAAACUUUCUUGCCCUCAAAUUCUUGUUUCCCUCGAUGUCCGCAUUGCCAGUAUGAUCAGAUGAAAGCCAAACCGUGUCAUGUCUUGGCUUUCUUGUCGUCGGAGCUUAUUUUCUCAUUUAAUGAAACAGACUCACAGGUUGAAGGUCUGAUACGAUGUCACUGGAAUCACCAAAAAGCAAGGUCUGGACUCCAAAUGGAUUUGUCCAUAAAGAUGGGCACGACUUGGCUUUGGUCUUUGAUGCAUUCAUUUCAUCUAGUCAUUCAUGUUCUCCACUAUCAUCUCGUAAUGUUAUCCUCUGCUUUAUUCUCGUUGGCCCUCUGCUCUGUCGUUCAGGCCGGAUCUUUUGAUCUGACAACUCCUCGUAUCGAACUUGACGACAGAUUACAACUGGAACAAUUUUUGAAUGCAGAACAAGCAACUUGCCCUAUACGAGAUAAUUUCUCUAUCCAAGUGACAGAGCAUCUUCAUCCUGGUAUCUGCGCACAUGAUAAUCACCACCCUACUCAAAACACAUCUUCAGUACAAACAGCAGAUCCCAUCUCACCAUGGACCAUCUACCCAACAUGCACAACAAACACCACCAAAAAAUUCUGCGUCUUCACCUCGCAAACCUUCCACGCCAACCGCGGCAUAACAAUCCUCACUACCCCCUCCACCGCAAGAGUCCUUUCCCGCCUCCCAGCCUUCCACACCAAAACACCGCACCUCUCCCCCCUCUCCGAAAACGACCAUCGCGAUCCUCCCUUCGUCGUAUCCGCCAUCCCCGGCCGCGGCAUGGGCCUAAUAGCAAACCGCACCAUCGAACGAGGAGACCUCAUCAAAUCCCACCCCGCAAUAGCAAUCUUCCACAACGACGCCGUAACCAAAGGCCACGCCCUGUACCCCACCCACUACGCCCCUCUCAUGCAUCUCGCCAUCAACCAACUACCUCCUCCCACCCGCUCUCUGUUCCUCGCCAUGGCAGCGCACAAUGUUACCGAGGAACCGUACAUUGAAAGAAUAUACACCAAUACGUUCGGCGAGGAUUUCAACAACCAAGAACACUCGAUCGUGAUCCCCGAGACGGCGAGACUGAACCACGAUUGUCGCCCCAAUGCGAUGUAUUAUUUUGAUCCACGGACGCUGGUCCAUUAUACGCAUGCGGCGCGACGGAUAUACGCAGGCGAAGAAAUCACGAUCACGUAUGUGGAUCCGCUGCAGACGAGGUUGAAGCGUCGAGCGGCUAUCAAGCGGAGUUGGGGGUUUGAGUGUAGCUGUUCAUUGUGUAGUCAGGGAGUACAGUUCGUGAGGGAGAGUAAUAGGAGGAUUGUGAGGAUUAAUGAGUUGAUGAAGAUGUUUGGGGAUCUGGAUUUAAAGGUGGAGGGGAAGGGGAAGAAGGGAGCGAAAGUGGGUGGGAGUCCGGAGAUAGCGGAGUUGUUGGUGGGGUUGUUUGAGCAGGAGAGGUUGUAUGCUAGUAUUGUGGAUGCGUAUCGAGUGGCUGCGUUGGCGUAUGCGGCGAAGGGGAUGGAGUGGAGGGCUGUGAUGUGGGCGAUGAGAGCUGUUGAGGCGGGGUUGAUUCAUGAUGGGCCGAGAGGGGCGGGGGUGUUGGAUAUGAAGAGGUUGUUGACGGCGCCGAGGGAACAUUGGAGCUGGGGCGUGAAGUUAUGAGUGUUUGAUCGAUUAUUCUUAUUUGCAAAGACAUAUGUUCUUGUAUAAAACCCAGAGAGUUCCGGUAGAC